AGCAUCUGCCAGAAUUGUCCAUGUGUAGGGGAGACAGCGACCACAGAAGGAGAAUUGGCAUUUUGAUCGAAAGAUACUUGUGGCAAUUUGAUCAUAUUUAACAGUUUAUCAAGAUGAGGCUAACCAUAUUUUUCGGUUUCAUUGCCAUUUUGGGUACAGCCUACCACCAUGUCUGCCCAUGUCCAUCCAGCCAAACAGAAAGCUCCAAGGACCGCAGCAAACGGUUGCCAAGAGCAAUAAUACCGACCAUGUUCUUCCCACCGAUAGUGAAGUUCUUGAACAGUUCCGAUGGGCAGUUCAACUCUCGUCCAGUUAGUUAUUGCUACGAUAAUUUCUGCAAUGAAUACAAAUGUGGCCUUUCUGAUUCUACAAUAAAAAGAGAAAGGCCUAGAUGUAAUUGUGACGCUUUCUGUGAGAAACACAGAGAUUGUUGUAUCGGGUAUAAACUUUGUACGAACACGACCAACGCGGAGUUUAUACGGAGAUUUGAAAAUUACAUUGAUUGCACCAGACCCGUCGAAAAUAUAACUGUGAGUCAGUGCCCUGAUGAUGCGAAUGGGUACAUCGCUGAUGCGUGCGCAUCAACCGGAAAUAAAAAUGAUUCUCUGUACAAACGCGUCCCUGUUUCCAGUAGCGGUGUUCAUUUCCGGAAUAUCUACUGCUCACAAUGUCAUAAUAUCUCAAUAGAUGACACACAUUUCUGGAGAGUGAAGGGUUGCUUCAGUAUCUUCGAAGCUCCCCUGAACGUCGGUAUGAUUUUGAAACGCAUGUUUGUGGAACAGUUUCGCUUGCGAUGUCAAUGGAGUCCAACCGUACCUCUUGGGCAUGAACGUUCCCUCUUCAUCAGGAGCUGUGGACCUAAGAAUGCUUCAGUGCUUGUUAAUGAUGAGCAUGGACUUAUUGAUGCAUGUCCUUGGAAUGCCACGUCUGACCUUGAGGAUGAGGCUGAGAGAAAGUGUCAUGUUCAUAAUGCAUUCGUUUACGCCCAUGUCGCCAGUACGAAUGGCAUUAAGUUACAACGAUACAAAAAUGUGUAUUGCGCUCGAUGCAACGGGGUAAACGAUACGGCACUUGUUUGCCCAAUCGAAAUUCUGGACGGUGGUGAUAUCAACGAAGGCAUUGUCAUCGGGCCCCAUUUUGGUGUAUCAAUUAAACCGAUUCAAAAAAAUCCUGCUCCGAUUGCGAUAUGCAACGAAAGGGAAAUCUUUGAUGAACUUACGAAAAUGUGUCGGGCAUUGAUCAGAUGUGGUAUCCAUCAUGUUCAGUGGAAUGGGGAAUGUUUCCGGGACCCACUUGACAUUGGUUACACCCUGCCCCAGCUGAUUCCUUGGAGUUCAAAGCUGGGACCUCGAAAUCUGAUAACUAUAGCCAUGAAUCUCGUCCUUGUAGCUCCCCUGACUUUAUUUCGCAGUGAUAAAGAAUCGUUCGGUUCUUCGCGGUUCUUCGGGAAGCUUUUCGAGGAUGCGCUGGAUCUCAGUUCAGGUCAAGACGAAUUCCAGGUCAACAUUACUGCCACAUUUGACGAUCGUUACACAAAAAGAACCAAAGUCCUUGGCGGCGAAGAACUUAUUUUAGGAAAAGGUACUCCGUUGAAGAUAACGUUCUAUCAAAAUAUCACAUAUCCAAAGGAGAGGAACUACCAUUUGACGUAUAUCAAAAGAAUAGAAGAAUAUAUGAAAAGGCUUGCUGAAUCCCCGAAAAGGUUCGAGCUGGAUUAUACGAUUUAUAAUCAGGGUGUGAGACUACCUUUAGCGUGCAAUAAUGAACACUCUCUGGUGGCCAUCCCCCACAAUGAUGCCAUGCAUAGAUUCAUAUACCUCAGAGGAAAGGAUAUCAAUAAUGAAACCGUAUUGAGGGUGAAAAAUGGCUUUAUAGAUAUGAUGGUAUGCGACAGAUAUGAUAUCAAUUUCCAGGACAGUGACGUCCGUGCUUAUAAUCUUACGACGUUCCAUAAGUCGAGCUGCGGUGGAUUCUUAAGGUUUAAGGAAACUGGUAGCUAUUUACUUGAUCCAUAUCUCAUUGUGGACGACCAAGUGUAUGUGAGUAGGGGGCAACCAGGGCCUCUUCCCCCACCGGAGUUGUCAAGAUACUGCCUCAGGAACCCAAGCCCUACGGAAACCACUACUGAGGGUACUGUCAUCUCGUGCUCGGCUCCCGUCUGUAAUCAGAGUCAGUGCGGUGUUUUUGAUGAAGGAAAGUGUUACUGUGACGCAUUUUGUGUGAAGAACCAGGACUGCUGCUUUGAAUAUGAAGAUUGUGAUAGACGUUUUGCAAAGGAAGCUGAUCACAUCGAAACAUUCAAGGAUUUCAUAAAUUGCAAUCAGAAAACCUCUGACAUUACGGUCAGUAGCUGCCCGAAAGGUGUCAUUGGCCAUUUUGCAGAUGAGUGUGAAUACCCUGAAGUGGAGAAUGGUUCUUUGUACAGGCUCGUCCCUGUGACCAGUCGUGGUGUUCACUUCCGCAACAUCUACUGUUCUCAAUGUCACAACGUUCCAAUUGCUGAUGCGAAGUUUUGGUCUCUCAGGGAUUGUGAUAACAUGCACCAAGGAACUCCUAAUGUCAGCAUGAUUUUAGCGUAUAUGUUCUCUACACAGCUGUUUGGAAGUGCUUGCCAACUGAAGCCUUCUGUCCCAGCCGAGUAUGAACACUCCCCCUUCAUCAGGAGCUGUGGACCAAAGAUCAAAACAUCUACCGCGUUGCCUAAUGAUGACCAUGAUUUGAUUUACACUUGUUCCUUGAACGCCACGUCGGCCGAACAGAGAGAAAUUGAACGAAAAUGUCGGUUAUACUCUGCCAACGUUUACGCCAUUUUAUUCAGUGGAUUGAAAAAUUCACCUGCAACCCUUAAAGUAAACCGUUAUAAGAAUAUGUACUGUGCACGGUGUAACGGUAUCGUUGACUCGGAUUUCGUUUGUCCUGUCGGGUCUUCGAAGAAGCCCCCCGAUGUUAAAAGACAAUAUCCCAUAGUGAAGCUCAUGACCCCUAAUGGACCAGAUGAUGAAUAUCGUAAACGUUGCAAAGUUGGUGAACUCUAUGAUAAACUCAGUGACGACUGCAGGCCACUCCUUAGAUGUGGUCUUAGCCACGUUGAGUGGGAGGGGCAGUGUAUCCGCGAUCCGUUCGACCAUGGCUACACAUUUCCGAGGGCGACACAACCAAGUUCAAUUCUGGAUCCCAAAACUGUCAUGACCGUAGACAUGAAAGUUAUCCAAAUGUCUCCCCUAACUCUUAUUUUUGCCAAUCAAGAACUGAAUGAUCCAAGAUUCCUUGAUAAGGCCUUUCAAGCGGCGCUGGCAAUAGGAGUUCCACGCGAAACCAAGCUAGAUGCAAAUAUAAAUAUUACAGCGAAAUUAGAUGACAGGUACAUGUGGACAUCAGAAAUGGCAGGAGGAAAGGAAAUUGUGUUAGGAAAGAAUGCAGUCAUCUCCAUAAAAUUCUAUCGGGCAUUCGCCGAAUCUGAGAAGAACAUGAAGAUGGCCUAUAUCAGGAAGUUGGUUGACUUAUUGGAGCAGUUAGCGACCCCACGAAGGAGAUUUUACCUGAGUUAUACUGUUUACAGUCAGGGGGUCCAACUGCCUGUUGUGUGUGAUGAGGGGCUGCUGGUCACCAUUCCUCUGAACGAGUCCCUCGAGAGAUACUUUAAAAGUAAGGAGGUCGAUGUCAACGAUGCCGUCAUGAAAACGUCUUCAAAUGAUUCCAUUGAUAUCAUAACAUGUGACAAGUUUGCUGUGAAAUUCAAUAACUGUGACAUUGUGACGUACAACAUGACGUCAUUUCAUUACGAGAACUGUUCACAGACAUAUAAAUAUAUAAGCACAGGACAGACUCUCUCUGAACCCUUUGUCAUAAUUGGAAACCAAGUUUACGUCUGUGUGCUUCAUAAUUCGAGCAAUCCCUGGACAAAAGGUGUUAGCCCAGAUCUGAUUCUAGUUUUGAUCAUUUUGUCUCUAGUCUUUCUGGUCUUCACCAUUCUACUUCAUAUCCUCCUAAAAGAUCUCCGGACCCUCCCAGGCCUGAUGUUGACGAACCUAUGUGCGGUCCUGUUCAUAGCCCAGCUACUCUACAUCACGGCCAUUGAUACUGUAACUGACAGCCUCGCUUGUUUCAUUGUAGCCAUAGUCACACAUUACUUCUGGCUUGCCACCUUCUUCUGGAUGAAUGCAAUUGCAUUCAACAUGGCCUGGACUUUCUCACAUGGAUUCCUAAAUGUCAAAAAUCGAGGACAACGCAGGCUCAUAAUAGCCUCCUGCUACGCAUACGGUGCGCCAGGAGUUAUCGUCCUCAUAUGCACUCUCCUCGAUAAAUUCUCUGAUGUCCCUGUCGGAUAUGGUCACGGGCAGGGCCAGGAAGGAACAUGCUGGUUCACCGAGAGAAAAGGCCUCAUCUUUGCUUUCUUCCUCCCAGUUGGUCUGAUCAUCGCUGCCAACCUCAUCCUCUUCAUCAUCACCACAGUCUCCAUCUCGAGAGCGAAACGGGUCUCAAAGGUCGCCACGAAGCAUGAUGGCAAAGCUGACUUUGUCUUGUACAUAAAGUUGUCAUUCCUGAUGGGCUUCACCUGGCUUUUCGGCUUCCUCACCGAGUUAGUUGACAGCGUAGUCAUCUGGCACAUCUUCGCCAUCCUCAACUCCGCCCUUGGCGUCUUCAUCUCCCUUGCUUUCUCCUUCAACAAGCGGACCUGGACGCUGUUGCGGUCAACCCUUGGGAGAGGGAAGGGUGUGAAUAGUUCGAAUAAAACAACUAAGACAAACAGCAAUUCAAGUGUGAAAACUCUACAUAAAGUUCGCAAAUCUGGAGCUGGAACCAGAGGGGGAUUCGAUGCUAUUUAACAAAAAGGCGUCAGGUCAAUUCGGUGCUCCAGCCCAUUAUAAAGACAGUUUAAGUUGGUUCUAUAUUGAUUGAACUACACUUCUCAGAUCAUAUCCGUCUUGACCCGAGGGGUUCCCCCUAUGGACUUUAUCCCCCUUUAUUCUCUGGGGUUGUACUCGACUCUCUAUUCUCCACUGUUGUUAGCUAACUAGUGUGUGCUGAAACUUCGUCAAUAGAAACUGGUAGCCAGCAGCAACAUCAAAGUGAAAAUUAUCUGUCCAAUUCAUGGGAAAAUGCAGUCAUUGGAUUGAGCGAUUCAUCAGCUUUCCAUAUAUCAAUAUUGCUGUGUUUAGGAGAAGUAUGAUCUGUUGAUGUUAUGUUGUGGUGUGUUAUGAUGAUAUUCAUUCUAAGCCCAUUGACACACGGGCAACAAUACAGUCACUCAUUGAAAUAAUUUGUGGCAAGGCCGUUUACACGGGACCGGAUUGGACCGGACCACACCAGAUCACAUCCCUAACGACGUCAUGUCGCACUACGUAUGUAAACCAUCAAAAGGAAUAAAGA